CACCAGCCUCAACUCCCGCGAUGACCACAGAUGACGACGAAGAGAUGAAAUCAGGUGGCCCUGAAAGUGUUACCACUGCAGCCCAAUACCAGAUAACUCGGCAAUCUUCAGACGUAAAAGAUGAUGGAGGUAGUCCACGAAUAACAAAUAUAAUCCAUCACUACAGCACAGAUAUCACAGAGACUUCAAAACCAAAAGACAAGCUCCUGCUAAACAUUCUCCCUUCUGCCGAGUUUAUCACCAUCGACAGUCCAACUAACAACAGCAAAAGUGCCUUAAUGAAUGGUGGUCUAAACAUUCGGAGUCCAGUAUCUUCAAACACAGAGCCUGAACAAGUAAAGUACUUCGGCCCAGAUAGUACACACCAGUUAGAUGACAACAUAUCAAACCAGAUGAGAGUAGAGGCCCAAGACAUUCCAGAUGUGUGUCCCAAAAACUCAGGGUCAAGUCAUUCAUUUAUUCGUCAGCAGAGCCAGGAAGGUCCUUGCCAGGAGGAAUGA